AUGAGCGCCGAAGAGGUCCCUGCUGCCGCGGCCGCCGCCGCCGUUGAGCUGGAGAUCCCGGACGUGAUCGAGCGCCUGCGCAAGCCCGACAAGGCCGAGCACGAGGCCAAGAUCGCGGUGCUGGACGCCGCCAUCAAGAAGCUGCAGGCGCGCACGACCGUGAUCCGCGCCGAGAUGGACGCGCUCAAGACGAACCGCGGCGGCUACGGCGGCCAGAUCCAGGAGGCCAAGGCCACGUUCGCGGCCCUGCGCGCCGAGAAGGACAACCUCAUCCAGCAGCGCAACCAGAUCACGGCGCGCCUGCGCCAGACCCGCGACGAGAAGGACUCGACCAUCAAGCACCAGCGCAGCCUGCGCGCCAACCUCAAGUUCGGCUCCGAGGCCGAGUUCGACGCCGCCAUCGCCGAGCUCAAGCACAAGCAGGAGACGAGCUCCAUGUCGCUCAACGAGGAGAAGCGCGUGAUCAAGGAGAUCGAGCAGCUACAGGCGCAGAAGCUGCAGGUCGGCGCCUUCUCGGGCGACCAGGGCGUCGUGGACAAGCAGAACGAGAGCAUCAAGGAGACGCGCGCGCUGCAGGCCAAGAAGAACGAGGAGAUCGACGCCGUCCAGGAGAAGCUCAACGCGCAGAAGCAGGUGCUCGACGAGCUCUACCGCCUCAACGAGGAGGAGAACAAGAAGGACAAGUUCCCGGCGCUCGCCAAGGAGCGCAAGGAGAUCAAGGAGCAGCUGGACGACAAGUUCACGGCCAUUAAGGCGCUGCGCAAGGAGUUCAAGGAGGCCAACGACAAGUACUACAACAACAUCCGCCUCGUGCGCAAGAAGAAGGAGCUCGAGUUCCAGAAGGAGGAGGAGGCCCGCAAGGCCGAGUACGAGGCCAAGCUCGCCGACUACGAGAAGGAGAUGGCCAAGAUCCACCCGUACCAGGACGAGAUGGACCUGUGCGACGCCCUCGUGAGCUUCCUCGAGAAGACGUACGCCAAGGAACUCAAGGAGGAGGUUGAGAAGGCCGAGGCCGCCGCCGCCCCCGUCGAGCUCGACGGCAUGAAGCCCCUGCAGCGCAAGGAGGAGGACUUCAUGAUGCUCGGCGGUGGCAAGAAGAACAAGAAGGGCAAGUCGGGCAAAAAGGCCAAGAAGGCCGGCAAGAUCGUCCUGCCGCUCGCCCAGCUCGAGGCCUUCAGCACCAUCGGCCUGCUGCCCCCGGCGGCCGCCGACGCUGUGUCCGAGUCGCUGGCCGCCGUCAAGGCUAAGAAGGUCUGGUUCAACGAGCAGACGGCCCGCCCCAAGGCCGAGAAGCCCGCUGAGACCGCUGCCGAGGCUGCUGCCCCCGCCAAGGCCGCGUCCCCCAAGAAGAAGAGCAACAAGAACAAGAAGUUCAACGCCGGAGACAACGACGCCUUCCCGUCGCUGGGCGGCGUCGCUGCUGAGCUCCCCUCGUGGGGCCCGGGCAUGGCUCCCCCCGUUGCCGCCGAGCCCACUGUGGCGGCUGAGUUCGCUGACGCCGACGUCGUGACGGAAGACGAGUAAGCCAGCCUCCUUCCUCGUAGGAGAGAGUCUAGCUCAAGAGUGAAUGAUCACUCACUCACUCAGUCACCUCUGGACACGGAACCAAGCACGCUUAAGGGGCGAGAGGCGCUCGCUUGUUGCCAAGGAAGAGCUCGCGUGCUCUCGCGCCUUCUUUUACUCUAGUGCGUGUCUGCUUCCAUCCCCCGGUAGUAAUACAGUAGAUA